UCUCCAACAAGGAAAUGCCAAACUGCUAGAAGAAUUUUCGCACUUCUCCCAGCCAUUGUCGCCGGCGAGAAGCUAAGCUAUGUCUUUGACGGUCGGGUUAAAUUGUUGCCGAGUUAGAGCUCUGGGUUACUCCUCUGCUUUACUUCCAUGGCGGCCGAGCAUAUGUUUGAUUACGAUGCCAAAGGGCUGCAGAUUUCGAACUAGGGCUUCUGGGAGACGGAGGGUGUUGAAGAAGAAACAGAGGGAGGAGGAAGAAGCAAAAUCGGAAGCCGCCAUUUCUCUGCAGACUUCUGCCGAUGAACGUUUUUCAGUGGACGAGAAUCCGGCGGAUUCAAAUGUCGGAAUAGUUAACCCUCCGAGGGGAGCUGUGAUUCAAGCUUGCACACUCACUUCUGGGCUCAUUGCCGCCUUGGGUAUACUACUUCGGCAGGUAUCUCAUGUUGCUGCGGAGGAAGGAUUGCCCGUUCUUGACUGCUCCGAGCAAGUCUCUUUUGGGUUUGAGAUAUGGCACCUUGGAUUGAUAUUUGGACUAGUUCUAGUAAUAUCCUCAUCUCGAUUCUUGCUACUGAAGACAUGGCCGGAUUUCAGGGAGUCCUCUGAAGCAGCAAACCAGCAGGUUCUCACAUCUCUUGAGCCUCUGGAUUACUUACUAGUUGCAUUUCUGCCCGGAGUCAGCGAGGUAAGUGGGGGAACCCAAUUGCAUACAACUGAUAGAAGCAACAACUUCUUGUUGAUGGAAUUUGGGAAUCUCCCUCUCUCUUUACAGGAGCUCCUUUUCCGGGGCGCCUUGCAGCCGCUGUUUGGAAUGGACUUGAAGAGUGUUCUCGCUGUUGCUGCCUUGUUCGGCAUCUUACACCUCGGAAAUGGUCGAAAGUACUCCUUCGCUUUCUGGGCAACCUUCGUUGGCUGCAUCUAUGGCUACGCCACGAUAGCAUCCUCGAGCAUUGUCGUGCCAAUGGCUGCCCAUGCUUUGAACAAUCUCAUUGGAGGGAUCUCAUGGCGCUACAGCAGCCAAUCUUUCAAGGCCUUGAAGUAGUCUAUAACUUGGUUAGACCGACUUUUUUCCUCGAACUUAUAACUAUUAAGAUCUCUCAUUGCUUCCAAUACUAUCUUUUUUUGAAAUCAAGGAGCACAAGUUAGAAGAUAGGCUUCAUCCUUGAAUCAAACCUUGUAUUUGGAAUGUAACAAUACUAACAACAGAUUAGAGGUUCUUAUGCUCCUUUUUGGUGGUAACUGAAAAAGGAACAAUAGAAUGUCUAUUACAAAGAUCUUUUCUUGAAUAUUAAGGAAGGAACUAGCUUGACAAUAAAACAAAAGAGGAGGCAUCAGUAAGUGUGAAAGAAUAGUGGGAAGCCGUUUGAGCUCUCCAAACCGGUCAAGAUAUCCUUCCUUGUUGGUAUUUCCCUUACAGCUCAAAUCAUUAGGAGAAAAAUAAAGUUUCUGCUUCUGAGAUUCCCAAGUGCUUGUCCUGCUAAAGACAGGGAGGUUUGGAGCUACACUAUAGCACUGAAGCUAUCCCCGCCCCCCGGGAAAUACACUGUCUUGUUGCUGCUUGAUGACAAAGUCAUCUUGUUCAGACUCAUCGUCUUCUGCAAUGCAAGUCUGUUGAUAACUUCUAGUGCUAAGGGGGGACUGUUCUUGUCUCCUUGUCCUUGUCUUCUUGCCAAUGGGAGAUGAUCUCAUGACCCAAUCAAGACGGCCACCUUCUUGAAUGAUUCUCGUGCGUAGUUAGCAUCUACCUAAACUGGAUCCAGGCUGUAUAUGAAGUUCCACUUCUUGACUCUUAUGUAUGCCAAAACACUUGAUCUGUACACAUUAUACAUGUUCUUGUCUGAGAUGAAAAUGGAGUAAUUUGUUCCUUCCUCCAUUUCGGUAUAACUAGCUCUUUUUUCGCCUUUAGAUGUUUGUGACAGUUUGCUGCAGCCUGCACUAUGUUUGAGGUAAAAAGUGGUUUUGCAGCUUCACUUACCAGUUCCGACUCGCAAUUGUGUUUCUUUCUGACUAAAGCUUUACGUGGAUUUGUUUUCCGUUUUCCAUAUUAUGUGUUAAGAUUGGAAAGUUUGAGAAGGGAGAUAGGGAGAGGAGGAGGCAGGAGAGGGAGAGACUGAAGCAGGAGAAGAAGUGGAAGAAGAAGAAGGAGAAGAAGAGGAACAAGAGGAAUAGGAAGAAGAAGAACAACAACGGGAGUAACGAUGGUGGCUCGUUGCCAAGGUUUGGGGAAUGGGACGAGAGCGAUCCAUCAUCAGCAGACGGUUACAGUGCCAUAUUCGACAUCGUUAGGAAAGAGAAGAACAGUGGGUUCUGUGUCGGGAAUCUGUCCUUCAAGCUGGCUGAUCAGAUCAAAACAAGGAAGAGAGGCAGGCUCCGCCGUUUCCUCAAAUCUUUGAAGAGAUGGUGGAGUUGCUUGUGAAAGAAGGUUGCGGAGGGAGGAACAGUGGAUCAAUCAAUGGCUAGCAAGUUUUGAUGCUGCUUUGUGUUUCUACCCUGCUGUGAUGUUUGGCUAAGAAAGAAGGGACCUGUGUUGGCUGUAUAUGUUGAUUUUAUUCAUUUCCGGUGGCUGGAAAUUCAUGUCUCUAUAUGUCAGAUGGAACUUUCGGGUUCGACAUUGGAACAGUUGGGUUGAGUUUGAAGAUGUUCUGUAAUUUUAUUGGCAUUGAGAGGAUCAUGGAAGAGGAGGAUUGAAAUGAGAGUUUGUUCAACGUGUACUACUUGUGUUUAAAGAAAUGGAUAAACAAAUGUGAAUAUAGUGAAUGGUUUAAAAGGUUUCCAUCCCCGCUUUCAUGUUUAAGUGAAAAAAGUAAAAAACUAAACUACAAGACUGGCUUUAUCAACCUUGAAA